UUCUAAAAGUGUGAAGGCGGCGACGGGUGGGCCUUGUCAGUUGUGGUUGGAGCGGGACGCCGAAAGCUGCCGAGCCUUUAAUUCGUCGGAGUUCGCGGUAAAUGUAUGGCUCCUCAAAGUGUUUAAAAUAAUGGAAACAAAAGGAAUGAUUGGUAAGCCCCUCCAGCCAGCAAGACCUGCACGCCAUCUCUCGUCCCAUGUAUCAGCAACCACUUUCACUUUCCAGACAAAGUUUCCAUGCAACCCUUCUGUACGUUUGCAUAAUGAAAUUAGUUCGAUGUGCAAGUCUAAUGGAAUGCUGGUUUUAAAUGACAGUCUGAUUCCUACACUGUCAGAGCAGCAUAAACCUGAAGUUACAAAAGAGAGAAUAACAUAUAGUAGAGAUUUCCUCUUGAAGCUUUCAAAGGUUUCACUUGCACAAAAGAAACCAGAAUUUCUUCCCGAUCAUCCCAUUGUACUUGAAAAACCAAAAAACUAUUUACUACCUACUGCAAGCAACAAUAGGUCUUUCUGAAGAUGAGGAAUGUGUCUUUUUCACCACUAAAAAUUAAGGGAAAUGGGAUCUGUAAUGCCAAUAGACUGUAAUCAAAAUUUAUCUUUUACAGUUGGUGUACCCAUCAGUUCAUUUCGGAAGUAAAGCUGUUUUCAACAGAAAACUUAUGUGAAAACUUCAAGUUUUGUAUGACUUAAAGCAAUAGUUCAUUGAGCUUUUGUAGUUAUAAAGGAGAAAACUGCUAAAAUGAGGCAGAACCACUGUCACUUUUCAAAUUUGGAAAUGUUGCCUAUGACACCAUACUGCCAUAGCUGUGAUGCCUGAAGGACUGGAGUUCACUUGAUCACUUUUGCUGCAACUGAUUAGAUAUGUGCAAUGGUGAGGAAGGCUAUUCUCAUUGGUCGGCUACUAUAAACUACUGACUCCUCAUGGCUACAUACACCUUACAGUAAGCCUUCAAACCACCAUCACAUAGUAAACAUUCCUCUGUAUCAACCCUUAGUGAAUGUUAAGUACACUGCGUAUUAUACAUGUAUAUCUAAAAUACUGGCUAGUCUUUUAUAAAAGCACAUACUUAAAUCUC